GCUGCUCGAUGUUUUCGUGGCAUAAAUAGGAGUGGAUUCUCCACCUCCUUCUCAAGUCCUUGUUCUUGAUGGAAUAUGAUCUUGGUCUGGUACUCUGUGCUGUGGUGGUGGUGUUCAUCUCAAUCUUGGUUUGGAGAGCGCUGGUGUACCUGACAUGGAGGCCGUAUGCGAUAACGACAGCUUUCAGGAAGCAAGGAGUGGGAGGCCCUGCCUACAAGUUCUGGUCCGGAUCAAGUGAGGAGAUCAAAAGCAUACAAAGGGAAGCAAUGCAGCUGGUGUUGGAAAACCACUGUCAUGAUAUCACGCUGCGUGUGCUGCCACAGUACCGCAAAUGGAUAUCAGAAUAUGGAGAUGUAUUUUUGUUCUGGUUUGGAGCAAAGCCGAGUCUCUUCAUCAGUGAUCCGGAGAUGGUCAAGCAAGUUCUUGCGAAUAAGUUUGGAUUCUACCCAAAGUCGGAUGUUCCUUCCGCUAUCUUGGCCCUGUUGGGCAAGGGAUUGGUCCUGGUAGAAGGAUCGGAAUGGGCGAGGCAUCGAAGGGUCGUCAACCCUGCUUUCACGAUGGACAAGCUCAAGCUGUUGACAAGAACGAUGGCAGAUUGCGCCAAAUCGAUGCUAGAAGGCUGGCAUGAUCUAGCAAUGAAAGCAGCGGAUGGGCGAGAAGAGAUAGAGGUGGCCAAACAAUUCCAAGAACUGACAGCAGACAUAAUCUCUCAUACUGCAUUCGGGAGCAGCUACGUGGACGGAAAGGAAGUCUUUUACGCACAGAAGCAGCUCCAGAUGCUCGCCGCAGCAUCUAUUCUUGACGUCGAAAUCCCUGGACACAGGUAUCUUCCCACUCACAGGAAUAUAAACAAAUGGAAGCUAGAGAGACGAGUGAAGAACACGCUUGUGCGCAUCAUACGGGGACGAUUAGAGGCAAGCAACUCGAGAUUCGGAAAUGAUCUUCUAGGUGUGAUGAUGGAAGCCAGCCAGAAACAGAGAGGCCAAACCAUGAGCAUGGAUGAGAUCAUUGAUGAGUGCAAGACCUUCUUCUUCGCAGGUCACGAGACCACCUCCCAUCUCCUAACCUGGGCUAUGUUCUUGCUGAGCACCAACCAGGACUGGCAAGAGCGGCUCAGGGAGGAGGUGUUGCAGGAACUCUCUUCCCCCCAUGUCGAAGCAGAAGUGAACCAGCCAUGGCUCGUGCUGCAGGUCACCAUGGUUCUCCUGGAAACCCUAAGACUCUACGGGCCAGUCGUUCAGAUGGCGAGAAAGGCAGGAAAAGACAUGAUCCUGGGAAACAUAAGCAUACCGAAAGACACUGCGGUGAUGAUACCUGUACUGAUGAUUCACCGGAGCAAGGAGAUCUGGGGAGAGGAUGCAAACGAGUUCAAUCCGCUCAGAUUCGAGAAUGGGAUCUCCAAGGCCGCCUCGCAUCCUAACGCGCUGCUCGCGUUCUCGAUCGGGCCAAGAGCAUGCAUCGGCCAGAACUUCGCCAUGUUGGAAGCCAAGACUGUGAUGGCCAUGAUUCUGCAGCGAUUCUCCUUCUCUCUAUCACCCAAGUACGUGCAUGCACCUGUGGAGUCGUUGACACUGCAGCCCCAGUAUGGGCUUCCCAUUGUCUUCACCCCCUUGCAUGCCUGACACUGAUGUGUUUCUCCAGCUGAGAGAACAACAUAUCAUCAGUGUAGUGCUAAGGUUCGGGUUUCGGAAUGUUGAAUUCCGAGGAAUGAUAUUUAAAUCCAUGAGACGGCAAGGUGAUAAAGGUCAAGACAUCACUGUUAUAUUUAGUGGAACUA